UUCGGUCAAAAAAUAUUUUUCUGGCUGUAUAUACCAUACUUAGCACACAGAUAUCUUUACUGGCAACAUUAUUAUGUUAUAAAUUUGCCGCUUAUAGAAAGUGCUGUUCUUGUUGGGUGGUUUGUCGGACAAGGAGAAAUGGCGUGCUUGUUGGAGGCCCCCCUACGCAUCAGCGUGUUGUCUGAAGUAACAGCAACCAGUCGACAUUAUGUGGACCGGCUCUUUGACCCAGAUCCUCAGAAGGUCCUGCAGGGAGUCAUUGACAUGAAGAAUGCAGUGAUUGGAAACAACAAGCAAAAGGCCAACCUAAUUGUACUGGGAGCUGUGCCCAGGCUCCUAUAUUUGCUCCAGCAAGACUCCUCUAGUGAGGAACUGAGGACGGAAUGUGCAGUGGUGCUAGGCAGUCUGGCCAUGGGCACAGAGAACAACAUCAAGUCCCUGGUGGAUUGUCACAUCAUACCUGCCCUGUUGCAAGGCCUGCUCUGUCCAGACCUGACCUUCAUAGAGGCCUGCCUGCGUUGCUUAAGAACAGUGCUCAUCAGCCCUGUUACACCAGUCCAACUACUUUAUACUGAUCCGACUGUGAUUCCCCAUCUCAUGUCUCUAAUGAACCAGAGUCUCCGUACACAGGAGUACAUCACACAGAUCAUCUCGCACUGCUGCAAGACCCCAGAGCACCAGACUGUUCUAUUCAACCAUGGUGCCAUCCAGAACAUAGCACCUCUGCUCAUCUCGCCAUCUUUUAAGGUGCAAAUGCAGGCUCUGAAAUGCUUUUCAGUUCUAGCCUAUGAGAACAAUCAGGUGUCCUUAACCUUGGUUAAUGUGCUUGUGAAUGGAGAGUUGCUUUCUAAGGUAUUUGUCAGAAUGAUGCAGCGGGACAAGCCUAUAGAAAUGCAGCUGACAGCUGCUAAAUGCUUAACAUACAUGUGCAGAGCUGGUGCCAUCAGGACAGAUGACUGUUGUAUUGUCCUCAAGACCCUGCCAUGUCUGGUGCGUAUGUGCAGUAAGGAGCACCUGCUAGAGCAGAGGGUGGAGGGUGCAGAAACAUUGGCCUUCCUGUUGGAGCCUGAUGUGGAGCUGCAGCGCAUUGCCAGUGUCACUGACCAACUGGUGGCAAUGCUGGCUGACUACUUCAAGUAUCCUAGUUCUGUGAGCGCCAUCACUGAUAUUAAGAGGCUGGACCAUGAUUUGAAACAUGCUCAUGAGCUCAGACAAGCUGCCUUCAAGCUCUAUGCAUCACUUGGCUCUAAUGAUGAGGACAUUCGUAAGAAGAUCACAGAGACUGAGAACAUGAUGGACAGGAUUGUUAGUGGCUUGUCAGAGUCAAGUAUCAAGGUUCGUCUAGCAGCUGUAAGAUGUCUCCAUAGUUUGUCUCGGUCCGUGCAGCAACUUAGAACUAGUUUUCAUGACCAUGCCGUCUGGAAGCCACUCAUGAAGUUAUUACAGAAUGCCCCUGAUGAAGUUCUGGUAAUGGCUUCAUCUACACUAUGCAAUCUGCUGUUGGAGUUUUCACCAAGCAAAGAGCCAAUCCUAGAAUCUGGAGUUAUUGACCUACUCUGUAGUCUCACACAGAGUGAAAGUCCAGCUCUAAGGGUUAAUGGCAUCUGGGCCCUCAUGAACAUGGCAUUUCAAGGAGAUCAGAAGGUGAAAAUGGAGAUUCUACGGUCAUUAGGGACAGACCAACUCUUCUGCCUACUUUCUGAUGCUGAUGCAAUUGUACUGAUGAAGACGCUUGGCCUACUUCGUAACCUGCUGUCAACACGUCUACACAUAGACCAGAUUAUGAGCUCACAUGGAAAGCAAAUCAUGCAGGCAGUGACACUCAUCCUGGAGGGCAACCAUAGUGUGGAGAUCAAGGAGCAGACAUUAUGCAUCCUGGCCAACAUUGCUGAUGGCAACACAGCGAAGGAACUCAUCAUGACAAAUGAUGACAUUCUACAGAAAAUUAAGUACUACAUGGGACACUCAAACGUAAAGUUGCAGCUGGCUGCCACUUUCUGUAUCUCAAACCUCAUCUGGAAUGAGGAGGAUGGUUCACAAGCACGACAGGACAAGCUGAGAGAGAUGGGAUUCGUGGAUGUGCUGCAUAAACUUACCCAGGCUUUAGACCCCAACCUUUGUGACCGUGCAAAGACAGCAAUGCAGCAGUACUUGGCGUGACCUCAAUGGCUUGGAAGUUCACCUUUUUCUGUCUUCAGUUGCACAAGACACCUUUGAGCCAAGGCAUUCUGGUGCUCAAAAAAGGUUGUGGGCCCAUGUUAUGUGUGACCCAAGCUUUAUUUGAUGUUCAUAUAUUUUAAUGUACCUUUUGGAUGUGAAGAUUGUAUUCAAUGUGUGUAAGAGGCACUGUGUCACAGAACAUUUGGUGCUUUGGACUCCAUAAUGGAAUCUGAGCAGUCUCUGGGAGAAGUUACAUUAUCAUUUAUUUGAGUGGCAGUAAAUAAUUGUUAUAAAUGUUAUUUUAAAUGCUUUAUCAGGAGGCGAUAUGAAACAGAUUUUUCCCUUGUGGAUAAAUACCUCAAAUGUGUGUAUGUGUGUGUAUGUAUAUAUACACACAUAUGUAUGCAUAUAUAUUUUUGAUUUUUAAUACCUCCUCCCCAUCAGAUAUCUGUGUCUUUUUUCAAAAAUGAAGUAAAUGCUAUUGGGGAGUAUGAAAAGUGCUUAUUCACAUUUGAGUAUUGGAACUAACACUCUGAUUAAAAAAAGAAAUAAAGUGGUGAUUACUUCCAUCGCA